CCUUCAUCAUCAUGGCCCUGAUGUACUCCAACCGCAACUCCAUUGGCAGCGGCAGCAUGAGCGGUGGCGGCUACGGUGGCUUCGGCAUGGGGCGAGCAUCCACAGGAGGCAUGAGCUCCUUCAGCGUGGCGGGAGGAGCAGGAGGUGGGGGUACUCGGGUCUCCCGGUCUAGCAUGAGCUACUCUGCAGGCGGCGGUGGCGGCGGUGGCGGCGGUGGCGGCGGUGGCGGCUUCGGCUACGGUAGUGGUGCUGGUGGAGGCGGUGGAGCUUUCUCUUUUGGUAGUGGCGGUGGUGGUGGAGGCGGUGGAGCCUUUGCUUUUGGAGGUGGAGGUGGUGGCGGCGGUGGUGGAGAUGUCAGCUUCCUCGGCAACGAGAAGGCCACCAUGAACAACCUCAACGACCGCCUGGCCACAUACCUGGCCAAGGUGGCGGCGCUGGAGAAGGCCAACGGAGAGCUGGAGCUGAAGAUCAGACAGUUUGUGGAGAACAAGGUCGGCCCUAGCACCCGAGACUACAACCCCUUCUACGUCACCAUCGCAGAGCUGCAGGGCAAGAUCCAGGAAGCCCUCCUGGUUAAAGGCACGGUCCUCCUGAGCAUCGACAACGCCCAACUGGCUCAGGAUGACUUCAGAAUGAAGUAUGAGAACGAGCUGGUCAUGCGUCAGUCUGUGGAGGCGGACAUCGCCGGGCUGAAGAUGGUGAAGGUUGAACUCAGCGGCGCCAUGACGGACCUGAGCAUGCAGCUGGACACUCUGAAAGAAGAGCUGGUGUCCAUGAAGAGUAACCACGAGGAGGACCUGAUGGCGAUGCGUGGCCAUAUGAGCGGCCAGGUGAACGUGGAGGUGGACGCCGGUCCGCAGGAGGAUCUGAACAAAGCGCUGGAAGAGAUGCGGGACCAGUACGAGGCCAUCAACGCCAAAACCACGCGUGAUCUGGAGAGCUGGUACGCUACCAAGUCGGAGGCUAUCGCCAAGGAGGAGGAGAUCACAAUCAUGAGCAUGCAGACCACCAGCACAGAGGUGAAAGAGACCAAGAGUUCGUUCCAGGCUCUGGAGAUCCAGCUGCAGUCUCAGAUGAGCAUGAAAGCCUCCCUUGAAUCGCAGCUGGCUGAUAUCCAGAACCGCUACUCCAUGCAGAUGAGCAUGUUCCAGAACCAGGUGAGCAGCAUGGAGGAGCAGCUCAUGCAGCUCAGGGCUGACCUGGAGAGACAGGGACAGGAGUACCAGAUGCUGCUGGACAUCAAGACCCGCCUGGAGAUGGAGAUCGCCGAGUACAGGAGGCUGCUGGACGGAGAGACCGCCGGGUCCGCCGCUAUUUCCUCCUCCGCUCUCUCCUCCUCUCUCUCCUCCUCUCUCUCCUCCUCCUCCGCUCUCUCCUCCUCCUCCUCGAACACUUCGAACACCACGACCACCACCGUCAUCACAAAAGUCAUCGAGGAGAUAAUUGAAUAGUGAUGAAGAGUUUCUCCUUCCUCUUCAUCAGCCGCAGCUCCAUCCUGACGACAAUCCAGCUUGUGUUCAUGUGAUGGAACAUCUUUACUCUGCUUCCACAAAUAAAACUAAAGAUAAUUCAGA